CUCAGAGAUUUUUUUUAUUAUUAUUUCUCCUUUAUUUUUUUUAUUUUUUCCUGGCAGCCUCGUAGAGUUUAUAUAGCGCCCUCCCUGGCUGGCAGCAGUUCCACAACCCUCUAAAAUUUCCCAAAAAAAUUAAAAAAAAAAAAAAAAAAUGAGCUCUGAAUCCGAGAGGACGGCAACCUCCGAUGGGGUUCAGAUCCACCAGAGCCGGAGGCUGCCGGACUUUCUUCAAAGUGUGAAUCUAAAGUACGUGAAACUGGGUUAUCACUACCUGGUUUCCUACCUCUUGACUCUCUGUUUAGUGCCUUUGAUGGCCGUCAUUCUCAUCCAAGCCUCCCAGCUCAAUCCCGAUGAUAUUCACCUACUUUGGCUCCACCUACAGUACAACCUUGUUAGCGUCGUAAUCUUCUUCGUUGUUCUCGUUUUCGGAUCCACCGUAUACAUCAUGACCCGACCGAGAUCCAUCUACCUCGUUGACUACUCCUGCUAUCGCCCGCCGUCGCAUCUCCAGGUCAAAUCCCACCAGUUCAUGGUGCACUCCAAGCUCACCGGUGAUUUCGACGACUCGUCUUUGGAGUUCCAGCGCAGGAUUCUUCAACGCUCCGGUUUGGGCGAGGAGACCUACGUCCCUGAAGCUAUGCACUACCUUCCUCCUCGGCCAUCCAUGUCCGCCGCGAGAGAAGAGGCGGAGCAAGUCAUGUUUGGAGCCUUGGAUAACUUAUUCGCUAAUACCAAUGUCAAGCCUAAGGAUAUCGGUAUUCUCGUUGUGAAUUGUAGUUUGUUUAAUCCGACGCCAUCACUUUCGGCUAUGAUUCUUAACAAGUAUAAGCUGAGAGGUAAUAUUAGGAGCUUCAAUUUGGGGGGUAUGGGGUGCAGUGCUGGCGUUAUAGCCAUUGAUCUUGCUAAGGAUUUGCUGCAAGUUCAUAGGAACACUUAUGCAGUUGUUGUUAGCACCGAGAACAUUACUCAGAACUGGUACUUCGGAAACAAGAAGUCAAUGUUAAUACCCAAUUGCUUGUUUAGAGUCGGUGGUUCUGCUGUUUUGCUUUCGAACAAAUCGUCCGAUAGGAGGCGAGCUAAGUAUAAGCUCGUACAUGUCGUGAGGACUCAUCGUGGGGCUGAUGAUAAGGCCUUUAGGUGUGUUUAUCAGGAGCAAGAUGAUGCGGGGAAAACCGGGGUUUCCUUAUCCAAGGAUCUCAUGGCCAUUGCUGGUGGAGCUCUUAAGGCUAAUAUUACAACGUUGGGUCCCCUCGUGCUUCCCAUAAGCGAGCAGCUUCUUUUCUUUUCUACCUUGGUGACCAAGAAACUGCUCAAUGCGAAAGUGAAGCCAUAUAUCCCGGAUUUCAAGCUUGCUUUCGAUCAUUUUUGCAUACAUGCUGGUGGGAGGGCUGUGAUUGAUGAGCUUGAGAAGAAUUUGCAGCUUCUCCCAACACAUGUCGAGGCGUCAAGGAUGACUCUGCACCGGUUUGGUAAUACUUCGUCGAGUUCGAUUUGGUAUGAGCUGGCUUAUACAGAAGCAAAGGGGAGGAUGAGAAAGAGAAACCGUGUGUGGCAGAUUGCAUUUGGGAGUGGUUUCAAAUGUAAUAGUGCUGUUUGGGAGGCCCUCCGGAAUGUGAAACCCUCUCCUAAUAGUCCAUGGGAAGAUUGCAUUGACAAGUAUCCAGUGCAGAUAGUUGCAUAGGCUCAGCCACAACUCGCAGCUCAAGCCUACUGGUGUUUGUUAUUGCUCAAUCAUAGUGCAUGAGGGAAUCCACCUAUGCAGCAUGGUGUUUUGUGUUGGCAUAUUGCCCAAUAUGUCGAUUGCUUGAUUGACCUGGCCAACUAUUAUGCGUGAGAACUGCCUACCCUUUCCCGGUCAGACAUUAUGCAAGAAAAUAUUAUGCUAUAUUGAGUUUAAAUGCAUAAAAGUUAGAAUACAUGUCAUUUUCAUAGCAAUAACAUAUACUCGGAUAUUUUGAAGUU